UUAUAUCAUUAACUGUGUUUUGAAGAUGUUAUUUUUGCUGAUGAUGUUGAUUCUUAUGCAAGUGUCGUUCAACCAAGCCAAAAACUUGGUGUUCCAGUGCAAUAAAGAAUGUGGGCUUGAUAGAGUUGUGCAACAACAAGCUGAAGAUAUAGAGUUUUCUCAAGAAUGCUCAAUAACUACGGACCAAUUGAUCGCCAACAACACCCUCCCCUCGUCCCCUAUUGCUCACUUUACUGACACCAAGUGGUACAAACACCACAAUAGAGAUGGAAAAAAAGCUUUGGCUCUCAACAUAACGUGGAGUAAAGAGAUUACAUUCCUGGAGAAAAAGACAAGAAGAUAUUAUUUACAACUUAUACACCGUGUUCAAUACCCGAGACUUACAAUUAGCGUUGGGGGAAAACUGGACAACUUAUAUCAAUAUGAUGAUAUACACACCAACUACAUGUGUUAUGGAGUUAAAACACGAUUAAUCCCUUCCACAUGGUAUAUGAUAUACCUGAAGACAAUCCCAAUUGACAGAAGAGAAACUGAAAAUCUAUAUGAUUGUUCAAGGAUAAGGAUUCCAAGUUGCCGAUGCCCAGAUAUACAAGAUACUGUCAACUGCAGAGGCUUCAAGAAACGCAACUUAAAUUGGACAAAACUUACUCAAAAAUCUGCAUGUUUUAACCAUGCAGUGCCCUGCAAGCAAGCGGAAAUUGAAACUGUAACGAACACAGGUGUUUUUUCCUCAACAACUGCAGAUCCUUCAUAUUCUGUAUUGAGUUCUAUAUAUAUUGCAAUCAUCGGGUGUUUCUUUAUUCUCAUAAUAUCGACGUUGUUGAUAUGGAAAUGCAGAAGAGCUGGAAAAGAUUCUCAAACUGUUGCAAGAAAAAGAGUUUUAUUUGUGACAAAUAUAUCUCACGGCCAGGACUUAGUAAACAGCCAGGCUGGGAGAAAUAUAUCAAAUAUAUUCUCUAAAUAUUUUCAUCCUGAUUUCGUUUUGUGGAGAUUAAAUGAAAUACGGAAGUCUGGUGCCCCUGCAUGGGUAUGCGAUCAUAUACACGAGUAUGAUCACGUGAUUGUGAUUGUACCUGCUCAUGAAUAUGGAUUCCCGACUGAAGAAUCAAACCUCAACCCGCAGUGUGACAUCUACCAAGCUAUUUGCAACCAAAUACGAACAGGCUGCAUUACCAAUUAUUCAUUUAUCUCAUUCUACCCCACAGAAAAGCAAAUGUGUGGUAGAAAUGUAAUCAUUAUACCUGAAAAUAUUGGUGUUUUAGAAAAAGACUUUGGGAUUGAAAUGGAGGGUUGCAAAAUAGAAAAUUUAAAAAAUAAUGUUCGCCAAUUAAGAUCUGAAAAUUUGCAAUCAAUGUAAUAUUUUGUUGUUGGUGUUUGCUUCUAUGUUAAAAUGAACUGUGACUAUUACUGUGUUAAACAUGCGUUCCUACUACUUGACAUGUGCUUUUGAAAUUGAUACUUUUAUAAACACAUUAUUAAAAUAAAUAAUAAACAAUAAACCAUUGUCACACUUUAAAUCAUUUAAUUAGGUAUACAGUGUUUCAGUCCUAAACAAAACGGAUAAUUUUCACCAUGAAUAAGUCACUCAAGUUCCCAGUCACGUGGAUAUAAAUGACC